GUGCAUAAGAAAAGGAAAAAAGUGUUAACACCCCUCCUAAUCAUUGUCGUUUUUAUUUUUAUGCUUUUGAAAAUACUUAGGCCUAUACCUUCCUUGUAUAAUUUUGAAGCCGUUUCUUUUUUCUUCUUCAAAAAAUUGCGACAAACAGUUGUUGAAACUUGAAAGUAGGGUUUUUUAAUUUUUAAUUUUUAAUUUUUAUUUUCUAUUUACUAUUUUAAUUUUUUUUGGCGCCAAUCUCUCUCUUAACAAAAGCACUGACACACUUUAUUGCACGCACUCUCUCUCUCUCAUCAAUGGCGAGGAGACGAAGGGUCCCGGAUGUCCUAUGGAAGGCAUACCGCAACCGCGCUCGUACACUUGCCGACACGAUCAUAUCAUUGAUUCCGCCGUCGCCGCCUCCGCCUGGUUCAGAUUGCCGUUGCAAUGGGAGGCGAUGCCUAGGUUGCAGCGGCGGAGACGCCAUGUCAUUCCUCCUCAGACCCAAUGAUCCCGCCGAUUAUCGCAAGCUCUUAUCCCAAUGCUUCGUCGUCGUCUCCGAAGAUGCGCCUCCGAUAACAGUCUUCAAUCCUCAACGUCGCUGGUCCCAGCACGAGAUUGUCAGAAGGACAAUUGAAAUGAUAAUGCGUGAGAAACUUGAAUCCCCUAAUGUAAUAUGCAUUGGUUAUGACAAGCAUAGCCAUUCUAGCCCCAUUGUAGAGCUUCUAACAUGUGCAUCAUGGGGCCUUCUCUUAAGAAGGGUUGGUGAUGCUGUCAUGUUUCAUUUGCUAAAGAAUACUUCAGUCUUUUUGCCUGUUCCUCGUAAAAAACACCAUCAGGUAGCAGGUUCUUCCAUCAGUAAUUUAUUCUUCAAGUUCUCAAAGGAUGGAUCAGAGUCAAAAUAUCAGCAUCCUUCAUUUGUCCUUGGAUUUGGAAGAAAGAGGAAAAGAGUUGAUGAAGUUGACUCAAUAUCAGAGAGAGAGCAUUUCAGUUGUUCUUUUGAUGUUCAUGUUCCCUCUAGUUCCAUUAACUGUUUUGGCUGUACUGGUCAGAGUUAUUCAAAUCAAAUCAGCGGACACUGCAGGAAAAAGCACUGUCAGAAGAAUUUAUCUGAAGAGGCUAUUAGAACCGGUGAUGCCAAUAAUGAAGUUGAUCAAAAGCUGAAACAACAUGGAUCAUCAAACCAGAUUACAGGAAAGCCUAAAAAGCGUGAGAGACAGUAUAGUUGGCAGCGCAACAGAAAGCGUAGGCAAUUGAAUUCCCAAGAAACUUAUUCUCUGAUACCUUGCACAAAAAAUCUCAACAAUAAUGAUAGCUUAGCUGGGAGGCUUCAGAAUGGCUUUAAGACAAGCUUAACUCUUCAAACUAAAAAGAUGCCAUUGCAGUGCUCUUGCUGUUUGAUGUUGCAAACUCUCCGAAGAGUCACUAAAGGAGCUGAGAUUAAUGGGCGAUCUCUGUUCUAUAUGUCGGAAUCCUCUUCAUCAGUUUUCCCAAGGAUACACCUAUUAAAUUCUUUGAGGCUGGAUUUCUCUGGUGCAAAUGUUCUCUUCAAUGAUAUCUUUUGUUUAUCUUCUGCGGACGUCAGUGCUUGGCCAAUGCAAUGCGCCCACAGUAGUAAUUGUCUGAUUAACUCUACCUGCCUAUAUCACUCAAUCAUUAAGUCACUCAAAAUUCUUAUACGCAAGGCUCGCUAUGGCAAGCAUUUGAAGUUAUUAGACAGGCAUUGUGCAACUCCAUCUCAGGAUCAAAAUGCUAGUGGACAUGUUGGCUCCAUUUUUGAGGGUAAUGAAUCUGUGAGAAAAUCACUUGAGAAUGGACAAUAUGGGGUUCACCUGGAAGGCAAGUUGCCGUUUGAAAAUUUGCAUGGUUUUGAUUCUACAAUUUGCGAUGGAACUCCAGAAAUGACUGAUCAUCAGUUUAAUCCAAGUAAGUCUUAUUGCCAAAAAAAGCAGGUGGUGUCUUUUAUAUGGGCAGUUUGUAGGAGUAUAGUUCCUCCGGAUAUGCUCGGAACUUCUUCUAAUUGGAGAAUCUUAAGGAAAAAUAUUUUUAGGUUUAUCAGCUUACGAAGAUUCGAGAAAUUCUCUGUAAAACAAUGUAUGCAUAAGUUGAAAACAUCAAGGUUUCCAUUUCUAUCAAAUAAACAUUCUUCAUGUUGCUUGAGUGAUCAUGUUUUGAACAAUGGAAAAGGAGGAUGCAGCAAAGUGAAUGAUGACAUGCAUGCAGUGAAGCGUAAAAUCCUAGAAAGCUGGAUCCUUUGGUUCUUUUCUUGUCUCGUGGUGCCCUUGGUGCGAGCCAACUUCUAUGUGACUGAAAGUGAACAUGGUAAACAAGAUGCAUUUUAUUAUCGGAAGUCAAUUUGGGAGAAGCUGAUGAACAGAGUUGUCACUUGCUUUAAAAAACAGAGCUAUCAUUUAUUAAACAAUGAGUAUGUUAGAAAAGUUAUAAGAAACAGAUCAUUUGGUUUUUCAAGGGUCAGACUUCUUCCAAAAGGAAAUGAAGUAAGGGCACUAGCAAAUCUUAAAGCGGCAUCAAGAAUACCAGCUAAAGGAUCUUCUUUCAAUGUUCGAUCUUUUGGGCUGAAGAGAAAGGAUCCUUUUUAUAAAAAGAAUACUAUCUAUGAGUAUUUCAAGUCUGUAAAUGGUGUCCUUCAUGAUUUGCAUGCUGUCUUAAAAGGUUUACAGAUGAAAGAACCAGGGAAAUUAGGCUCAUCAGUAUUCAAUUAUAAUGAUGUGUACAGAAAGCUAUGCCCUUUCUUUUCUGUGCUGAAGAGUGGAUCGAAUACUGUGCCUAGUGUUUUUUUUGUCGUAGCUGAUGUAUCAAAAGCUUUUGAUUCUGUUAAUCAGGAUAAGCUGCUUAGCGUAAUGAAGAAUGUCAUACCGAAUGGUCAAUAUCUUCUGAAAAAGUCUCAUCAUGUUGUCUGUGGGAAGAAAUCAUUGUGGGUUCAACAGAAGCUAAUAUCAAUGAACCAAGAUACCAGUGCUGGAUCUACAAAUUUCACAAAUUCUAGUUGUAGUUCUUCAUUGCACUGCGUCAUUGUUGACCAGGAGUGGAGCAGAAUUACAAGGAAAGAAGAGCUUUAUUUUAAACUAUAUCAGCAUGUGAAGCACAAUGUGUUGCAAUUAGAUAGAAAGUUUUUUCUGCAAGAUGUCGGUAUAUCCCAGGGAAGUAUUUUAUCUUCUCUGCUCUGCUCAUUUUACUUGGGACAUUUGGAAAAGAAUUUAAUAUUUCCAUUGCUUGGGAAGGCUAGUGAACCUGCCACUGAAGAUUUAUCAGUGAGAGAGAGUAAUAGUGAUGCUUUUGGGAGGAGUGAAGAUGAAAUCAUUUCAUUGUCUUCUAAAUCACUGCUACUUAGGUUUAUUGACGACUUCCUUUUUGUCUCUACCUCAAGGGAACAGGCUUCUCAGUUCUUAUCCAGAUUGCAAGGAGGAUUCAGUGAAUACAACUGCUACAUGAAUGAGAAAAAAUUUGGCCUGAAUUUUGAUAUUGGCCAGAUGUCUGGGCUUACAUCGAACAGGGUUUGUGUGGGAGAAGAUGAUGUCUCAUUUCUUCAAUGGAGUGGUUUGCUUAUCAACUGCUGCACAUUAGAAGUUCAGGCUGACUACACAAGGUAUCUUAAUACACAUCUAAGGUCAACUCUUACUGUGUGCUGGCAAGGGAAACCCGGUCGCUGUUUGAAGGCAAAGUUAUGUGAUUACCUGCGACCUAAAUGCCAUCCCAUAUUCUACGAUUCAAAUAUCAAUUCAGCUGGAGUUGUCAGAUUAAAUAUUUAUCAAGCUUUUUUGCUAUGUGCAAUGAAGUUCCAUUGUUAUGUCUGUGACUUGUCAAACACCUGCAGGCUUAGCGUGAAAACAUAUGUACAAUAUAUUGAGAAGUCUAUAAGAUAUAUGCACAAGCUCAUAAAGAGAAGGAUGCAUUCUGUGAAAAUCGAUUCUAAUUUCCAUCCAAUUCUCCAAGUGGAGAAGGAAGAGAUUGUAUGGCUUGGAUUUUUCGCUUACAUCCGAGUAUUGAAGAGAAAACAAUCACGACACAAGGAGUUGCUAUCCUUUUUGCAGUCUAUAUUGAGGGCACAUGAAAAGGGAAAAGGCGAGUCAUCUGCGCUGCAGUAUGCAAUCAAUGAUUCACAUUCCUCUCUACUUUGGAAAAUCAAGUAUUAGGUCCUUGAAAGGUAUGACAGUGUGGUUGAUUGACCUGUUUAUUUUGUGUUUCUACUUUUGGAAGAAGAAUCCUUGCUUGGGUAUACCCUUUCUGUUGGGUGCCUAUAGAUUUAUCUGUAAACUUUUAAGUGAAAAUGUGUCGAUCAUUACAAUGCCAUAACAAAGAAGUUUAACUACAAUUCAUGAAUUAUAGUUUUGGGGUAAAAAAUAAUAA